UGAUUAAAAGUCGUGUACGCUCCGAUAGUUGAUAUAUUAGUCCGCAAGUUGCGAUCAAUUUCCCACACGGGCACGAAGGAAGUGAUGGCCGAUGGGCGGAGCAGCAAAGUAUGUGUAAUUGUAGAAGAAAUAUCAUGCUCGUCGCCUCGCCAUUCAUAAUAUAAACAACAAUGCCCGCUGUUCCGGGCCAAUUAAAUCUAAACCAACAUGUCUUGAACGUGCUUAAGAAUUGCAAUCAUCUUAACCAACUGAAGCAGCUUCAAGCUUUCCUCAUAGCUCUCGGCCAUGGUCAAACGCAGUUCUUCGCCUUCAAGCUCGUUCGCUUCUGCACUUUCGCACUGGCACACCUGGAGUACGCCCGUUCCAUAUUCGAUCAUCUCAACUCGCCCAAUGUCUUCCUCUACACCGCCAUGAUCACAGCUUAUGUUUCUCAGUCCAAUAAUAGGUCGGCAUUCAUCUUGUAUCGCGACAUGGUUCGUCAGGGACGCCCUCGACCCAACCAUUUUAUCUAUCCAUAUGUCUUAAAAUCGUGCCCUGAAAUUUCACAAACUCGUGGCACCGAAUCGGUGCAUGCCCAGAUUGUAAAAUGGGGUUUCAGUCGAUACCCAGUUGUUCAAACUGCUCUUGUCGAUUCCUACUCGUGGUCUUGUUCUAAUCUGGGGGCCGCGAGAGAGCUGUUUGAUGACAUGUCGGAUAGAAAUGUGGUGUCUUGGACUGCUAUGAUCUCUGGAUACUGCCGACAUGGGGAGAUGGGAAAUGCUAUACUAUUGUUUGAGAAAAUGCCCGAGAGAGACACCCCAUCUUGGAAUGCUGUUAUUGCGGGGUGCGCUCAAAAUGGUUUGUUCUCCGAUGCAAUUUUGCUCUUCAAAAGGAUGUCCAUUCUCUCAGAUGGGGGCCACCAUCAAGGAAAUAGACCAAAUCAAGUUACAGUUGUGUGCGCGCUCUCAGCUUGUGGACAUUGUGGCAUGCUCCAGCUUGGUAAAUGUAUACAUGGUUACAUUUAUAGAAAUGCUCUCGGACAUGAUUCAUUCAUCUCUAAUGCUCUUGUUGACAUGUAUGGGAAAUGCGGAAGUUUGAAAGAAGCAAGAAGGGUUUUUGACAAUACUACAAAGAGAAGCUUGACAUCAUGGAAUUCAAUGAUCAAUUGUCUUGCCCUCCAUGGUCAAAGCCAAGGUGCAAUUAAGGUGUUUGAAGAGAUGUUGCGAAAUGAAGAUGAUGUAAAACUAGAUGGGGUUACCUUUGUGGGCUUGUUGAAUGCUUGUACACAUGGUGGGUUGGUUGAGAAGGGUCAGUUUUAUUUUGACCUGAUGACUCAGACUUAUGAGAUUCAGCCACAGAUGGAGCACUAUGGGUCUUUUAUAGAUCUUCUUGGUCGAGCAGGUCGGUUUGAAGAAGCCAUGGAAAUUGUAAAUAGAAUGGAGAUUGAACCUGAUGAAGUUAUUUGGGGCUCAUUGCUUAAUGGGUGUAAGAUUCAUGGCCGUACAGAUUUGGCAGAGUUUGUAGUCAAAAAAUUGAUUGAGAUUGAUCCAAAUAAUGGUGGUUAUGGUAUAAUGUUGGCAAAUAUAUAUGGGGAGUUAGGAAAGUGGGAUAAGGUCCGAGAGUUGAGGAAGCUUUUGAAGGAGCAGAAUGCUCGUAAGACCCCUGGUUGUAGUUGGAUUGAGGUUAAUAAUCAAGUUCAUCAGUUCUAUUCGGUAGAUAACAUGCAUCCCAGAACAGAAGAAAUAUACAAUAUCUUGGAAGUAUUGACUACUUUAUAUUAGGUUGGGGAUGCUGGAGUUACCUCUUAUGGUCAUGAAAAAAAACUACCAUUUGUAAUAUUAGCUAGAAUAUUUUUUCCAUAUCCACCAAUUUUAAUGGUGUGACUGAGAGUUGUGCCAUAUCUUGAGCUUAAGAGCCUGACAUCUAUUUGCUCUUAGUUGAAUUGGACAACAACAAUGAGUUUGAUUUCUGGUUUGCCAUGUGUACGAGAGGAGGGAUGUUUUUGGAGCUAUGUUGGCAAACUUGGGUAGUCUUUUUUCCCUCUAGGUUGUUCAAAAGAGAUUCGUUCCCACCAUUUCUGGUAAGAACUUCAAUUU